UCAAACUCCAGUGUCAAAAUCAUAGUCAGCCAUAUUUGUUUUCGGUUUUUAUGAAUUUGUAAUCGUUAUACCAGGGAAAUCCUAAAAAAUGCUUAUUUUUCUAUAGUAUCGAAUAAAUCUAUUACUUUAAAAAUGUCUGCGAGGCUAAAACACAUUGAGGUUGAAAACUUCAAGUCCUACAAAGGACGAAAAGUUAUAGGGCCCUUAAAACCGUUUAUGGCGGUAAUCGGCCCCAAUGGAUCUGGCAAAUCAAACUUUAUGGAUGCUAUCAGUUUUGUAAUGGGCGAGAAGACCCAAAGUUUACGUGUGAAGAGACUCAGCGAUUUGAUUCAUGGCGCAGCUAUUGGGAAGCCUGUAUCCAGAAGUGCAUCUGUAACUGCUAUCUUCAUAAUAGAUGACGAAAAAGAAAUGUCCUUCCAGCGAUCUGUCCAGGGUUCAUCAUCUGAAUGCAGAAUUAGCGGAAAUGUUGUUUCUAAUAAUGAAUAUCUUGCUGAAUUAGAGAAAUUAAGGAUCAAUGUCAAAGCAAAGAACUUCUUGGUCUUCCAAGGAGCAGUGGAGUCAGUAGCUAUGAAAAAUCCCAAAGAAAUGACAGCACUAUUUGAAGAAAUAAGUGGAUCUGGAGCUCUAAAGGAUGAGUAUGCAAAACUACAGAUUGAAAUGCAGAGAGCUCAGGAAGAAAUAAAUUGUGCUUAUCAACGAAAAAAGGGUAUAAACGCCGAAAAGAAGGAAGCACGUCUUGAGAAGGAGGAGGCUGACAAAUAUGCUCGCCUCAAAGAAGACUUGCAUGAUAAACUUGUUGAACAUCAGCUAUUCAAGCUGUUCCACAAUGAACAAGAUAUGGAGCUCAUAGAAAAAGAAAUGAAGGCAAAGCAAAAAGAAGUUGACAAGAUAGAGAAGAAAAAAGAGAAGCUUGAGGAGAACCUCAAGGAAAAGAAAAAGGAGCAUGGAAAGUAUAAUCGUGAGCUGGCAAAGGUUGAGCAAGACAUAAGAGAGGUGGAAGUUGAGAUAUCAAAGAAGCGGCCGCAGUUCAUAAAGGCAAAGGAGCGGGUGACACACAUGCAGAAAAAGCUGGAUGGUGCCAUCAAAACCCUAGAACAGGCUCGAAAGGCUCACGAAGCCCACAUGAAUGACAUCCGUAAACUAGAAGAGGAACUCGCAGCUAUUGAACGCAAACGUGACGAGUACGAGACGCAAAUUGCUGGAGAGUCCCAGAGCCAAGGGAGAGACGUGCAUCUUGAAGAUGCUCAGGUAAGAGAAUAUCAUCGACUUAAAGAAGAGGCAGCUAAAAGGUCUGCCAGGUACAUGCAAGAACUUGAUUCUGUAAACAGAGAACAGAAAGCAGACCAGGAUCGGCUGGAUAAUAUCACCAGAAUGCGGACUGACGCUGAGAACAAAUACAGACAGAAGAUGCACGAAAAAGAAGAGAUGGAGAAGAGAAUCGAAAAAUUGGCUGAACACAUUCGAACGAGUGAACAAGCUUUGAAUGAUCAGAAACAGUUAAGAGCGGAACUGCAAGCUGAUGUAGGUUCAUCAAAAGACAGAGUUCAUGAACUUCAAAAACAACUGGAUACAGUGGUUGAACAAUUGGGGGAUGCUAGAACCGAUAAGCAUGAAGAUGCCAGGCGUAAAAAGAAACAGGAACUUGUUGAGAGGUUUAAGAGCAACUUCCCUGGUGUGUAUGAUCGGAUGAUCAACAUGUGUCACCCAAUUCACAAGCGUUAUAAUGUUGCAAUUACAAAGACUCUUGGAAAAUACAUGGACGCUAUUGUUGUUGACACCGAGUAUACGGGUCGCCAGUGUAUAAAAUAUUUGAAAGAACAAAUGUGCGAACCUGAAACAUUUUUGCCGUUAGACUAUCUGCAAACUAGGCCUUUAAAGGAAAGAUUAAGAAACAUUACAGAGCCAAAAGGUGUUAAACUAAUUUACGAUGUACUCCAAUUUGAACCCCAAGCUAUUGCGAAGGCCGUUAUGUUUGCUACUGGCAAUGCGGUUGUAUGUGAAACACCCGAGGACGCUAUGAAGGUUGCAUACGAGCUGGGAGGACGGCUGGAUGCUGUUGCUCUGGAUGGGACCUACUAUCAAAAAUGUGGUAUCAUAUCUGGUGGUAGCUUGGAUUUGGCUAGACGAGCAAAGAGAUGGGAUGAAAAGCAUAUGGCUCAAUUGAAAGCCCAAAAGGAAAAAUUAACUGAAGAGCUUCGAGAAGCUAUGAAGAAAUCCCGGAAAGAAUCUGAGCUGAACACAGUUGAUUCUCAAAUUAGAGGUCUAGAGACGAGGUUGAGAUAUGCAAAGACUGACAUGGAAAGCACUAAAAAGCAAAUUCAGAUCGUCGACCGUGAGCUGGCUCGCCUGAAUGAAGAGAUGCAGAAGUAUAGCCCGCAGAUUGAGGCUAUCGAACGCAGCAUGCAGACGCGAGAACAGCAAAUCGAAGAGAUCAAAUUGAAGAUGAACAGUGUUGAAGAUGUCGUCUUCUCGGAUUUCUGUAGAGAGAUCGGCGUGAAGAACAUCAGGCAAUACGAAGAUAGGGAAUUGCGCGCGCAGGAGGAGCGUAAGAAGAAAAGGCUCGAGUUCGAGAAGCAAAUCAACAGGAUUACCAGCAAUCUGGAUUUCGAGAGGAGCAGGGAUACGCAAAAUAACGUAAGUCGUUGGGAACGUACUGUUAACGAUGAAGAAGAAAAACUUGAAACGUGCAAGAAACAGGAGGCGAAACAACGUGACGAGAUCGACAAAGACCUGCAGCAAGUUGAGCAGUUGAAAGUAUUGCGUCUGAAUAAGAAACAGGAAGUUGAAGCUGCCGAAGAUGAGGUCGGCAAGGCGAGACGUGAAGUCGGCGCCAUAGCGAAGGAUAUUCAAGCUGCGCAGAAGGCAGUGAUGUCGUUAGAAGCUAAAAUUGAGGGGAAAAAGAGUGAACGGCAUAACAUAUUGAUGAGAUGCAAGAUGGACGACAUCGCAAUACCUAUGAUAGUUGGGAAUAUGGAAGAUAUUGUGGCAUCAGAUCCGUCCCAGUCGUCCUCUGGUGCAGAUACCAGCAGCACUACGCAGCAGUAUGAAAAGGAAUCUAGGAUUAAAAUAGAUUACAGCAGCCUGUCAGAUCAUUUGAAAGACCUGGACGAUAAAGAUGACAUAAAGAAGACUGCUGACAAACUGUUAAAAUCCAUCCAUAAUCUCCAAGACACGCUAACAAAGAUCCAAGCUCCUAACUUGAAAGCAAUCGAAAAACUGCAGUUAGCCUGCGGAAAGUUGCAAUCCACUAACGAAGAGUUUGAGAGUUUGCGCAAACAGAACAAAAAAGCCAAGAACGCUUUUGAACGAGUGAAGCAACAAAGAUACGAGCGGUUCUCCAGGUGCUUCGACCACGUCUCUAAUGAAAUUGAUGGCAUCUACAAAGCGCUAGCUCAGAAUCAGUCUGCUCAAGCCUUUCUUGGAGCUGAAAACCCAGAGGAACCAUAUUUGGACGGUAUAAAUUAUAACUGCGUUGCCCCAGGGAAGAGGUUCCAACCUAUGUCGAACUUGUCUGGAGGUGAGAAAACUGUAGCUGCAUUGGCUCUACUAUUCGCCAUCCACAGCUACCAACCAGCACCUUUCUUUGUUUUGGACGAAGUGGAUGCAGCCUUGGACAACACCAACAUUGGAAAAGUUGCAAAAUACAUCAGAGAAAAGACCGAGUCAUUACAGACGAUCGUUAUAUCGCUUAAGGAGGAGUUUUAUUCGCAUGCUGAUGCAUUGAUUGGAAUAUGUCCAGAGACUGAGGGCGCGGACUGCCUUGUAAGUCAGGUGCUUACUUUUGAUCUGACCCCAUACGAGCAGACCUGACAAAAGGAUCCACCGAAGAAGCGUAAAAAAUAAACUCUUAUCAUAUUUAUAAAUAAUGACCGGUCGUUUAUGUUCCAUUUGUUCCAACUAGAUAUAUGUCAUAAAAUAAGUCGGCAAUAAGUAUAAAAUUGUAGUUUCGUUUUUAUAAAAUAAAAACUUGUAUUUGUCAACAGCA